ACACCCAGUGGCAUCCUCCCGCCCGGGCUCUUAUCGGCGGUCCCAGCCCUGCUUGAGCGCCUCCGGGUGUCACGGGCCUCUGCGAACACCAAAGCUCUCGAAUCCCGAAGCUCUCGAACCCCGAUGUGGACCCCGGUGCGGCGCGGGGCAGCCUGGCUGGGAACCCUGCUCAGCCCCGGAGAGGGUCCCCAUGAGCCGAGGGGCGGAGCGGCGCAUGCCCACAAGCCAGCCGCGGGAAGUAGGAAAUCGACCCGCCAGGCGGUGCGCUUCGGACCCCGCCAGGGCAUGUGCUCCGAGGCCCUCCUGGCUCGCAGGUUGCGGGCGGCGCUGCGGGAGGAGGAGCCGUGGGCGGUAGAGGAGCUGCUGCGCUGCGGCGCGGACCCUAAUUUGGUGCUGGAGGAUGGCGCAGCUGCUGUGCACUUGGCUGCCGGAGCCCGGCACCCGCGCGGCCUGCGUUGCCUCGGGGCCCUACUGCGCCAAGGCGGGGACCCCAACGCUCGAUCUGUCGAGGCAUUGACGCCGCUGCAUGUGGCCGCUGCCUGGGGCUGCCGCCGCGGCCUGGAGCUGCUGCUGAGCCAAGGAGCAAACCCGGCGCUGCGCGACCAGGACGGACUCCGGCCGCUGGACCUGGCCCUGCAGCAGGGGCACCUGGAGUGUGCGCGAGUCCUGCAAGAUCUCGACACGCGGACCAGGACCUGGACCCGGAUCGGGGCAGAGACCCAGGAGCCCGAGGCUGCACCUGGCACUCCAGGCCUCUCUGGAUCUCCUGAUGAGAUGCUGGAUUCCAUAGCACUCCAAACGCAGCCAUGCAGAGGUGACAACAGGGACGUGGGCUUGGAGGCUGACCCAGGACCCCCCAGCCUCCCUGUUCCCCUUGAAAUUGUGGACAAAGAUGGGAGCUCAGCGUCCCCUCCAGGGCACUGGGAUUACAGCUCAGAUGCCUCUUUCAUCACGGCAGUUGAGGUCUCUGGAGCGGAGGACCCAGCCUCCGACACUCCCGCCUGGGCUGGGUCAUUGCCACCGACCAGGCAGGGACUUCUGCAUGUUGUCCAUGCCACCCAGAGGGUACCUAGGUCUCAGGGCACGGAGGCAGAACUGAAUGCCCGUCUGCAGGCCCUGACUCUGACCCCACCAAAUGCUGCUGGCUUCCAGUCCUCCCCUUCCUCCAUGCCUCUCCUAGACAGGAGUCCAGCUCAUAGCACCCCCCCGACACGAGCCCCUGGAGCUUCUGACUGCCACGGCCUGUGGGAGCACCAGACAUCCAUUGAUAGUGACAUGGCCACGCUCUGGCUGACAGAGGAUGAGGCAAGCUCUCCAGGUGGCAGGGACCCUGUCGGCUGUUGCCAGCACCCGCCAGUCUCCAUUGUGUCUGACUUGGAGUUGCUGCAGGGGCUCCGAGCGCUUGGUGAGAAUCCUGGCCCUGUCACACCCUUCACCCGGCGAUUCUACCUCCAGCGGCUGAAAGAAGCCCAGAUUGCCCCUGGCCCAGAGUUUUCAGGGCACAGCCUAGAACUGGCUGCAGCCCUGCGGACAGGCUGUAUUCCAGAUGUCCAGGCAGAUGAAGACGCGCUGGCCCAGCAGUUUGAGCAGCCAGAUCCCGCCAGGAGGUGGCGGGAGGGGGUCGUGAAGUCUAGCUUCACAUAUUUGCUGCUGGACCCCAGGGAGACUCAGGACCUGCCAGCCCGAGCCUUCUCACUGACCCCAGCUGAGCGCCUUCAGACUUUUGUCCGUGCCAUCUUCUACGUGGGCAAAGGGACGAGGGCCCGGCCAUAUGUCCACCUCUGGGAAGCCCUUGGUCACCAUGGGCGGUCAAGAAAACAGCCCCCCCAGGCCUGCCCCAAGGUGCGUCAGAUCUUGGACAUCUGGGCCAGUGGUUGCAGCGUUGUGUCCCUACAUUGCUUCCAGCAUGUGGUCGCUGUGGAGGCUUAUACACGGGAGGCGUGUAUUGUGGAAGCCCUAGGUGGGUGCCUGGUACAUAGAAUGGGGGUCAUAUGA